CGCUUAUCAUGCACACUCUCGAUCGGAAAAUUAUGUAAUCGCUAGCAAAUGUAGGUCUGACAAUGAAACUUGACCGGCAUAUUUACACAGUAAACACGAAGUCGUCGAUAAAACAGCCUUCCCUCACGUUUUAUUCUAUGUUUCUAUUUGUCCAUGUAGAAAUUUUAACGAUUUACAGGUGUCACGAUAAACCAACUGGUCGAAUAGAGAUUCUGACCCUUGCUGAUGCAACCACUUAUCACCUGGAGGAACAGCUCCGAACGAUGUAUCGGGUUUCAGAACAUAUUGUAUACCGAUUUGUUUCCUUGGUAACGGCUUGUAGCAGGCGCACUUCGCUUUGGUCGAACUGCCACAAAAUCUACAAGUAAAGCCAGUGAGGUCCAAUCAGAUCAGAGAAGUCGGUGGACCUGCAAGAAAACAGAAAAAAUUAAAAAAAGGGAAAAAUGUUGCACUCGAAGGCAACAGCUGCUCUGUUGAGGUUGAAGGAGAUAGACAAGAAGUAUAAUAUAAAACGUAACGAGAGCACGAGAGUUCAGAGUAACGUCAGCACUGAAAGUUCUCUGGAAAGUUCAUCUAGAAGUUUGCAAGUCAAAUCUAAGAUCUUAAAUGACAAGGAAGAUAGUUCAGCUGUAUCAACACCUAAUGCAGAGACGGAAUUUAGAUCCAAGGCAUUUUCUAAAUCCAAGAUGGAGAUUAAGAUUCCAUUCAACAACAUAAAAGAUGAUGAAUCCUCAAUCAGUGACAGCGUGACCUUGAAUAAGUCUUCAAAGACAUCCCCUAAAACGAGAUCCAUAAUCGAAAGUAUUGAAAUAGAAGAAGAAAGUAAAGGUUCAAGGUUGAAAGAAUUUCCUGAGAGUCUCUCAAAUCUGGAUACGAAUUCCAAAGAUAAGGUUAAAAUUCCCACGAUAGGAUCUCGAGGUUCCCCAAGGAACAAUGAUAAUUCUUCUAUCGCUACAGCGUUUUCCAGGCGUUCAGAUGUUUCUGAAACAAUUUCAGAAGCAGUUAAAUCCGUGAACGAGACUUCCUCUAAAAAAAGCGAUGAAAAAUCGUACGAACCAGAAGUGACGAUGGCUGAGGACAAUGUCCCGUUAUCGAAUAGCGAUAAUAAAGAAACGACGAUAGAAGAAGUUAUCAGGCUAAUCGAAGAAAAAAGCGAAAUCACCUCUGAACGAUCAAACACGAUGAACAAGGACAUUUCCAUGGAGAAGAUUUCCUUCAAAGAAGAACAGAAGACUAGAUACGAAGAUGACACUUUCGAAGAAGCUUCUAGUUCCAUUGAAUCAUCCAGUUCUGUCGAACAGAAGUUGGAGCAGAGUUCGGUAGAGGAUACUGUGAUUUCUGGGGUGAAACAUAUUAAGAUUACUCCACACAGGCAGACAGAGAAUGUUCAGAAGACGGUGGUCGACGAAGACAGAGACAAAGAAAUCGUGGAGUUGAUCGCGCCAAAAAUAAUGCACAGUACCAGCGAGUGUGAUAUUGGCCUCGACGAGGAGUUAUCGAAUUACGUGAAGAGAACGGAGAACAUGGACGAAGCAGGGCCGAUCAAUCUUUUGAAGCUACCUAAACAAGUAACUCCAACGCGGAGGCACGUUCGUCGAAAAAAGUACCGGAAGUUGCCCAAUGAAAACACAGAGGAGAAAACUGACUCGACUUCUGAACACGAAAGAUUAACAGAACGUAAGGAAAACAGCCAAGAGUCCAUGACAUCCACAAAAGGUGAAAAGGAUCCGAAGGAAACUUCCUUACCGACCGAGUACGGCAGAGGAGAAUUUAUUAACAGAAUAGAAACUGGAAGGUCAGGAACUAAGAUAGAAGAUGGCAGUUCGAAAACGAAUUUCAGUGAAGAGAAACUUCUAAGAGAGACUCCAAAACAGUCUGAUGUUACCUGUACUUUAAGAAAAUUGAAUAAAGAUGCAAUUAAUGCCAUAGUUAGGAGAAGUAGGGUUCAAACCCCAGUAGAAGCUUUAAGUAGCCUAAAUAAACCUAGACCUUGUAAAAAUUGUGGAACUAUAGCGAAGCUUCCAGUUGUAGAUGCUGUAGAUUAUGACAGUGAUGCUUCAUCUCUAGAAAAAUUUAAGACGGGCAAGGAGACUAAUUGUGAUCAAAGAGUUAAACAGAAGAAGACUAAGUGUAAGAAAGUUUCGAGGUCAUCGAAAAAUCGAAAAUCACCGAAUUGUAACAAAGUAGAGGGAAAGCACUCGAGAUUCGAAUGCAGACAAAUGCAUAAUCUGCGGAAGCACGCAGCAAUACUUAGACUGCAACAAGAACGCGAGGACAUCCGUAAUUACUUGCUGGAGCUGGAAGGCACGCGAUUAGAAUUUGGUCCAGGCAUGACGUCGUCUAAAUUAUCCGUCUUCAAACCUCUUGAAUUUCCAAAAAUCGCAGCAUUUGUAAAGCCUGAUGAGGAGGAUUCAAUAUUUAAAGCCAAAGGUGGGCUUGCCGAAUUACAGAAAAGAAUACUGAUGAUAAAGCAGUGCCUGAAGGAUCAAUACAUUCUUUACAGGGAUUACAGUAGUUUAGCACAGACAGUGAACUCAAAAUAUAUUCCUGCCAGCCUGGAGGAUGCAAAGAGGGUAUAUGUUUCAUUUAUAUUUCUUUGCCUAUAUAAAAAAGAGAAAAAUUCUGAAGUACCAAUACGUGUAAUCUCUACACAAAAUCUAUUAUUCACCAUAAAAUUAAAAUAUACAAUACCAUUGCGUUAAAUCCUCCUCACAGAAACCAUAUUAUUUUAGUAGAAAUCGGUCUAAGAAAAAUUACAUAACUUUUCUGGUAAAUUUCUAAUCUAAAUAAACAUUAUUUACAAUUAAAACUGAAUAGUAGCCAUUUCUCAUCAAAUUUUUCCAAAGUUACUAUUACAUUCCUAAUCUAAAAUAAGUACACGUUUACAUAAUAAUUUUUCACGGCGCACCAUUGUGUAGUACGACAAAAAAUAGUAAGAAAGACAGUAUCGACCGGUAGGAAGUACAAACGCGUAGAAAACAAUGGAAAGACAAUAGAAAUGGCUUACGAGGAAACAAGCCAAACGGGAUUCCCCUUUGCCGGAGGAAGUUUUUCGGUCGACGACAUCCACAUUCGAAAGUUUUAACGAAAUAAUCCUGUUUCAGACGAUUCGCCAGUUACAGAGAGCAACGAUUAAGAGCAGGUGACCGGUCGUUUCUACGAACCUCAUGACAAGAACCGACCAGGCACGUGCAACGUGAUUUUUCUACCGUGCCAGAGUGAACGGUGUUGUUCCGCGCAGUAUUGUGUACUGUGUAUUAUACUUCCUCUGUGAUGGUUGUGCGUCGACUUUUGCUUCGUAUUAUUGUACCAGUUUUGUGAAAUAAAUUUGUCUUGGAAGUGAUCCCAUGUUCAUUGUUACUUUAGGUUAGGCGAUUCCAAUGCAAUUUAAUGGAUAAUUACAAUUGGGAGUACAAGGGCCGACUCAAAGAAAGUUUCAAAUUAACAAUGAAAUUAUAUUUGAAUUUGAUUCUUGCGCUAGAAGUGAUUCACAACAGUUUAGACAAAGUUAUUUAACUACAAAGUAUUUUACUUUAGUUCUAUUCUGUAUUUUGUGUGAUAAAGCUGAUCGUAGAAAAAAAUCCAAAGAAAUCCAAAGAAAUCCAAAGAAAUGGGUAACUAAAACUCAAAACUUGUUACAAUAGAGAGAAUGACAAAACAAAGUGCAUUACUUAAAUAACUCAACUGAAAUCUAAUCUAAACUUUGUAAUCCCCAAUGAAUCAACAAUACUAAUUAUAGCUUAUCUUCAAACAAUCCAAUAAUAAAUCGAAAUCGCCCAUUUCAUUCUAGAUAAAAUUCCUAUUCACUCUCACAAUAAAACAGAUUUUAAAUCAAUACCAGCCAUCAAUCAUAACUUCAAAGAUUGUUUCAAAAUUCCAUUAUAAUCGAGUCUAUCCAUCAUAGCGCGCUCGAACUAAAAAAUUUGCAGCUUCUACACAAAAGCGUUGAAACAUCCAGCCGGCGUCUCAGUGAAUCGAUACCACAAUAUCAUGUUGAAAAGGGUCCGGAGAGAGAAGGGCAGACCCUACGCAGCCAUCCACGCUUUGGAGCGUGUGUACGCGUGCGUGUUGCACGCGCACGUGCAGGAGAAGCUCGAAUGAGCGGCGGUGAUGCCGGCGUUCUUUCAUUGACGUGCUGUUCGCUAUAUCCUGUAUUCUUCAGUCCCGAGCGAGCCUCUGCACGCUCGUGAUCACGGAUUUUGUGUUGGUGGCUUCUCUUGAGCAAAACAUAUUCGAAACCUUAUAAUUUUUGACAGUGACUGAAAAAUAUUUCAAAAUAAAAUAAAUCAUACUUUAGAAGAAUUUGGUGAUUGAAGUUGGAUGUCAUCUACGAUUAAUAAUUA